AUGAAUUGUAAUCAAUAUAUAUUAGAAGAAAUUAAUUUACAAUAUUCUCAACUAAAAGAAGUAGUACAAUGUAUUUUACAUUCGAUAUUAUUUCAGAGAUCAUUAGGAACGGUUAAACCUAGAGAUAUGACAUUGGACUGUGUAGAGUUUUCAUAUGUUAAAGCAGAUGAUCCAACCUCAUCAAAGAAUAUAGAGGAUAAAUCUGAAGAAUUACUAUCAUCAAUUAUAAAAAGAAAAGCAAAAACAGCACAAUUAUCGAUAUCAUUCUAUGAAAAAAGAGCAAAAACUAAUUUUUUUACAACUACCACAGAAAAUGUUUGUUGGGAACAAUGGAUCAUUUCAUUUCGAUUAGUGCCCACAAUGGACCAAAAAACAUUAUUUUCACAAUUAACAGAUUCAGUAAAUAAAAUUAUAGAGAAUGUAAAUCAAGAUAAAAAUAUUCCUCCAAUUCAAGCAUCAAAUCAAAUGCCAUUUCCUUUUUCAAUUCAAAUCAGUGGUUCAGAGAAUCCUGGCGUUGCCGAUAUGGUUUGGAAUAUGUUUAAACCACCGCAAAUUAGUAAAUAA